ACCAAACGACAGCUGAGAGCAGAUGCCAGCAUCCACUUCUUAGCUCCGAAAGAAGAUACACCGACCCCGUUAGUCUAUUUACUCUCCACUUCUCCCCUAAGGAUGAGACUCCUGGACGUUAUUUGCCUGCUUAAUUACGGCCUCUUUAUUACAGCGACCGCGAUCUCGCUCUCAGAGGCAAGGACGUUUCUAUCUCAGAAUCAUGCCUCAGAGUUUUUGGUCAGAAAACGUCGUGCGAAUUCCUUUAUGGAAGAAAGCAAGAAGGGGAAUAUGGAGAGGGAGUGUAUUGAAGAAUACUGCAAUAGAGAAGAAGCCAGGGAAAUUUUUGAAAAUAACCCUGAAACGGAUUAUUUCUAUCCCAGGUAUUUGGACUGUCUGGCUUCGUUCAGAACUGGAAUUUUCAGAGUGCCAUCACUGACUCCAGAUACUCCAUCUGAUCUGCGGUCCUGUGUUACAAUAAUAUCAGACCAGUGUAAUCCUCUGCCUUGCAAUGUGGAUGGCUAUGAAGAAUGCAGAGAUGGACAAGCCACAUUCACAUGCACUUGUAAACCUGGAUGGCAAGGAGAUCAAUGUGAAGAAGAUAUAAACGAAUGUGAUGACCCUAUAAAUAAAAAUGGAGGAUGUGAUCAAAUUUGUGUUAAUUUUCAUGGAAGCUACCGCUGUUACUGUGAAGAUGGUUAUUAUAUACAGCCAAAUAAAAUGGACUGCAAGGACAGGAAUGAAUGCAUAUUGUAUCAAAACAUUUGUGGGACAGCACGGUGCAAAAAUACACCUGGGAAGUAUGAAUGUGAAUGUGAAACUGGUUUCUUCUACAAUUCAACUACAAAGAAAUGUGAAGAUAUUGAUGAAUGUGCUGAAAACACUUGUUCCCAAAUCUGUGUUAAUUCUCCAGGAAGCUUCACAUGCUAUUGUGAUGGCAAGAAAGGUUUCAAGCUUUCCAAGGAUAUGAGAACUUGUGAGACCGUACCAGAUUGUCUCCCUUUGAAUCUUGAAAAAAAUUAUGAAUUGCUUUAUCUGGCAGAACAAUUUAUUGGAAUCCCUGUUUUGUAUUUAAGGUUUAGAUUGCCAGAGGUUACAAGAUUUUCUGCAGAAUUUGACUUCCGGACUUAUGAUAAGGAGGGUGUGAUACUGUAUGCUGAAACCACAAACAGUACAGCCUGGUUUCUACUUGCUUUGCGUGAAGGAAAGAUUGAAAUUCAGUUCAAAAAUGAGCUUGGGACAAAAGUAACAAGUGGUGGUAAAGCUAUUAAUGAUGGUUUGUGGCACAUGAUCUCUGUGGAAGAACUAGAGCAUAGCAUCAGUGUGAAAAUAGCGAAAGAAGCAGUGAUGAACAUCAAUAACCCAAGACCUCUUUUCAAGCUUUCCAAUGGCUUUUUGGACACAAAAGUAUAUAUUGCAGGACUCCCUCGCAGAAUGGACAACAGUCUCAUUAAAUUGAUUAACCCCCGUUUGGAUGGGUGUAUUCGGGGUUGGAACUUGUUAAAUCAAGGAACCUCUGGUGUAAAAGAGUUAAUUCAAGAGAAGCAAAGCAAACAUUGUUUAAUAAAUGUUGGAAAGGGAUCUUACUACCCUGGCACUGGCAUGGCAAAGUUUCACAUUAGCUACAAUAACAUUUCAAGCAACACAGGUGAUUGGUUAAUAAAUGUGACAAUGGCUAUCCGUCCAUCCACAGGCACUGGAGUAAUGUUUGCCUUGGUUUCAGGUGAAACAGUUCCUCUUGCUUUGUCUAUUGUGGAUUCCAACUUAACAAAUGUACAGGAAAUCAUCGUAUCCAUUCAGAAUGUCAUUGUUGCUCACUUAGAGUCAAGAAAUUUGUGUACCUCAAAAAGAGUGCUACUCAGACUCAGGAUAAGUAGACAGCAGCUUGAACUUACAGCUGAUUCACAUUCAGUUAUCACCUAUUCAGGACCACAUCUCUCUGUCCUUGAACAAGCAAUUAAUGAAUCUGUUGAUACCUACCUAGGGGGCAUUCCUGAUGUUCCAGUUGAGGCAACUCCAGUCACAAUUUUUUACAAUGGCUGCAUGGAGGUGAAAAUAAAUGAUAGGGAAUUGGACUUGGAUGAAGCCAUUUCCAAACAGAAUGACAUUAGAUCCCAUUCAUGCCCACUACUGUUGCAACCGAGGCCUGAAGUCGUGGAUUCCCUUUUUGAUUUUUAAAGUCUAUAGGAAAACCCAGAUUGUUCUGCACAAAAUGGAUUGAACUGUAAAUGCUCUUUUAUUUCUGACAAUCUAUUUUCUGAACAUGUACAUCUCAAAAAUAUCUCCAACAUGAAUGGACAGAACCAAGGUUAACCUCCCAUCAGGAUAGCAUUGCUGAUCUCAUUUCAAUAUUUUUAGUUUUAUAGUUAACAUAUU